GCAGCUUUCCACACACGUCUGAACAGAAAAGCAGCAGACGGACGACCUCAUCUUCAGCUCGGAGAUGGAAAAGCGAAGCGCCCCGGCUGUCAGCUGCUACUGACGGAGGGAGACUUGCUGCAGCCCGUUAAAGACCCGUUUGGACGGACGGUUACGCGCACGGUGGAGAUUCGACUCGAGUUUUCAGCUCUCAGAACCCUGGACCCGUCUACUCCGAUCCGUUCCUCUUGAGCGAGAAACCAGCCGGCUUCUUCUGUGGACGUUAGAUUCACCCGGUGAAGGUCCGACAAAGGGAUGAGUAAAACUGCGCAGCGGUGUAGGUUUGCGCUCGAGAUUCUCCAACGAACACGAUUCACGUGCGAACGUUUGUCCCUUCCCAUGUUGCCUGAUUCCUAACCUCCAGUUCCUGAUUUCUAACCUCCAGUUCGUGAUUCCUAACCUCCAGAUCGUGAUUCCUAACCUCCAGUUCGUGAUUCCUAACCUCCAGAUCGUGAUUCCUAACCUCCAGUUCGUGAUUCCUAACCUCCAGAUCGUGAUUCCUAACCUCCAGUUCCUGAUUCCUAACCUCCAGUUCGUGAUUCCUAACCUCCAGAUCGUGAUUCCUAACCGCCAGUUCCUGAUUCCUAACCUCCAGUUCCUGAUUCUUAACCUCCAGUUCAGGGGACAAGAACACAACUCACGAAGCAAAACGCAAUAAAAUUAAAAAUGCAGGUCCUGCUGUUCGUCACCGUUCUCCUUUACCUCAAGGACUUUGGCGCCGCAGAGCCGAAAGCCAAGUGCCCGACGCGGUGCGACGUAAGCACCUGUCCGAGUCCGAGCUGUCCGAGCGGCUACGUCCCGGACCGCUGCAGCUGCUGCCUGGUGUGUGCCCAGGCUGAAGGCGAACCCUGCGGCCGGAAAGACGACCUCCCCUGCGGGGACGGCCUUGAAUGCAAGCACCCGACGGGCAAGCGGCUGUCCAAGGGCUUCUGUCAGUGUAAAAUGGGCCAUAAGGUUUGCGGCAGCGAUGGGAUGACUUACGGCAACGUCUGCCAGCUGAAGGCAACCAGCAGGAAGGCCCUGCAGCAGGGGCUCCCCGACAUCAGCCAGCUCCACAAAGGACCGUGUGAAGCCAGCGUAGGUCCUUCCCUUCCUGCGAGUCCCCGUUACAAGUUUAACUUCAUUGCCGAUGUAGUGGAGAAGAUAGCCCCUGCUGUGGUUCACAUUGAACUCUUCCUCAGGAACCCCUUGUUUGGCCGUAACGUCCCCCUGUCCAGUGGGUCUGGCUUCGUGAUCUCGGAGACCGGUCUCAUAGUGACCAAUGCCCAUGUUGUCACCAGCACCACACAAGUCUCGGGUCAUCAGCAGCUGAAGGUCCAGAUGCAUAACGGGGAUGUGUACGAGGCCAGCAUCAAGGACAUUGACAAAAAAUCGGACAUUGCUACCAUCAAAAUCAACCCCCUGAGCAAGCUGCCGGUGCUGCUGCUGGGCCACAGUGCGGACCUGAGGCCGGGGGAGUUCGUGGUGGCCAUCGGCAGCCCCUUCGCCCUGCAGAACACCGUCACCACCGGGAUCGUGAGCACCGCCCAGAGGGACGGGAAGGAGCUGGGCAUCAGGGACUCUGACAUGGACUACAUCCAGACGGACGCAAUUAUCAAUUAUGGAAAUUCAGGAGGACCUCUUGUCAACUUGGAUGGAGAGGUGAUAGGGAUCAACACCCUGAAGGUAGCAGCAGGAAUUUCCUUUGCCAUCCCCUCCGACAGGAUCACCCGUUUCCUCAACGAGUCCCUGGACAAGCAUGUCAAAGAUGUGAGAUCGAUAAAGAAGCGUUUCAUUGGAAUAAGGAUGCUCACCAUCACGCCUGUGCUCACUGAGGAGCUAAAACAGCAGAACCCAGACUUCCCUGACGUUCCCAGUGGCAUCUAUGUCCACGAGGUUGUGCCCCACUCACCUGCACAGAAAGGGGGCAUCAGGGAUGGUGAUAUCAUUGUGAAGUUAAAUGGGCAUCCGCUGAUGUCCACCGCCGACCUCCAGGGGGCGCUGCUGGAGGAGACAGCCCUGCUGCUGGAGGUCAGGAGGGGCAACGACGACCUGCUCUUCAACAUCGAGCCUGAUGUCAUCAUGCAGUAGACAAGCUCACACUUGAGUUAUCACACAUCACAUUAAUGGAGAAGCACAAUAUUGAACCUGGUGUCACGGAACAGCACCUUCUUUGAUUAAAGGAAAAAAAAAAAGUUAAAAUCCUCAACCAGGCAGAUGGUAGCUGUAUUUUUUUAAUUCUUAUUUUUAUAAAUCUUGCAGAUUAAUUGACCAAAGGUACAGCGGAUUACUUUUUGUUCUUCAAAGCAAGUAAUAAUAAACGGAUGAAGGGAGCGAGCCGCAGUAGUCCUGAUGGACAGGGGUGCUCACGCUCGAUGGACAGGUGUGGUCACAGGGCAGCAGAAAGCCGGAGGAGGUGGAGAGGCAUCAAACACACUGUUGUGCAACAUCUGCAUCAAAUAGUCUAUGGACAAUAUGCGACCCGAGACACAGCAUAGCGAACAGAAACCUGUCCACCACAGCCACAUGGGAGUAUACUACUCUGUCGUCACUAGUGCAGCCAAAGGACCACCGCCAGUCUCUGGGAUUAACCAGUAGGCCCCAGUCAAUCAUGGAUUAAGUGGAUGAAUCAUCACAACUCCGUCACACAGCAACUAAAUUGAACUACGAACUUUUGAGGUACUUUCUGGGUCACGGUCUUUGCUCCAAGGACAGUGUGAAUACGACGUACAAUAUGAGACAUCAGAAGUGUUGUCGUCUUGUAACUGUUCACUGUCUCACUUUGUGGCAGAUGUGUUGACAAGACCCUGUCGCUUCUCGUUGAAGUUAAUUACCGGCUAGAAAUGUUUGACAUACUGAAGGUUUCUCCCCAAGAUAGACAUGUUCAAAUCCAUACUGUCAUGUUAUUUCAAAUUUAUGGAGGCCAAAAAUAACCUUCCACUUGCUGUAAGUUGUUGUGUUAUUAGCAAAUGUGAAAAUGUACUUGUUGUUUUGGUUCGUUGAAGUGAUGUGUUUGGUUAAAGAGCAACUGUGAGCAGAUGUUGUGAAGCUGCUGGACUUUGUGUUUCUGUACUGUACCGUCUUGUGCUUCUUAGUAUGACUGGACUCGUGCCUUGGUUGGAGACCACCCAUCAAUCAAAUGUUUGUAAGUGAAGAACCACCAAGCAAUCAUAAUGUAAUGUAAGCAUUUUCAGCUAUUUUCCUUGGAGACUUUGUGACUUUUCUUACCAAAUAAACUCUGUAGAUUUGUUACGCUGUUUAAAAACAGGCUUGAAUUCCUCAAAAGGUUAGCCAGUCGCAUCUCUGAUUUCAUCCUGUCCACAUUUCCUGUUAAAUCUGGGUCACAGCUCGUGACUCAUGGCACGAUGUGGAGCUGCGAAACUUGACUGUGAGGAAACGAGGCCUUGCUCCCAGCAGCCAGCCCUAAACAUUCCACAAUGGCCAUAAGUCUUCCAUGCAGGAAUGCAGUGGAAAAUACAGGUGGGGGUUGGAAGUCCUGGAAGACAAAGAGGUCCAUUCUGAAGACAUGCAGAAGGAGUCAGAACAGCAGCAACACUGACUCGGGUUCUGCAGAGCUCUGCUGCCGCGUCUGGCUUCAAUCCAAUGAGCAUGUGUAAAAAGCCGACAUGGAAACUCUCAGUAGCCUGCUAUUGAAUCCAAAUUCAUUUCGGCCAUUGUCUGGCAUGAACUGGACCACAGACUGCAGCGGUCCUCCUCCCAUCCACCACAGCUUUAGAUGAUCAUCAGUGGCAGCAGCCAUCACGUUGAGUUAUGCUACUCCACUUUUCUUCACAAGAGUCAAUGGGUUGAAAUAA